GAGGAGGCCAGAACACCGACGGUGAAGGUGGAUUUUCACUCAGGGCUACCUGGGGGACUUUGGUGCAGGCACUCGGCUGUUUUAUCCAGCUGAGACUCGGUCGUCGUCAGCGAGCUGAGAACUCUGCCCGAAGGUGUGAGUUUUCAGGAGGACAGUUCGCGGGCUGUGCUUGGGACGAGGGGUGGAGAGGCAGGGCUGGCGGUGGGCCUGGCCGCCAGGGCUUCUGCCUUCCUGCCGCCCCUCUGCCCUCUACCACCUCAGGACUAACCUGUCUGACGGGGCGGGAAGAUGGAUACCGCUGCCAAGAUUCCUAACCCUGUGAAGACCCUACAGGAGGAGGCAGUGUGCGCCAUCUGCCUCGAUUACUUCACAGACCCUGUGUCCAUCCGCUGUGGGCACAACUUCUGCCGAGUGUGUAUAACUCAGUUGUGGUUCAGGCAGCAGGAUGAGGACAGAGAGGAGUUAGAAUGGGAAGAGGAGGAGGAGGAAGACAUUGAGGAGGCUGUGGGGGCCAGUGUCGGAUUGGAAACGCCCGUUGUGGACGAUGACUUGGAGCGUGACAUGGAGGAGGAGUUUGAGGGGCCCGUUGGAAACAGGGAGUCCAACUGGGAUUCCGUGUGGGGGGAGGAGGAGGAGGAGGAAGAGGAAGAGCAGGACGUAGUGGACAUGCAGGAGGAGCACCUCAGUUGGGAGGAUGAGGAGGAAGUUCUGGCAGAGGGUGAGGAAGAGGAGCUGGACCACGCCACCCCACUGUCUCCUCCUCCAGAGCCUCAGAGGUGCUUCACUUGCCCCCAGUGCCGAAAGAGUUUCCAUCGGUGGAGCUUCCGCCCCAACCUGCAGCUGGCCAACAUGGUGCAGGUGAUUCGGCAGAUGCACCCAAACCCUGCCCAAGGGAGCCAUGUAAAUGAGCAGGCCAUGUGUCCCAAACACCAAGAAGCCCUGAAGCUCUUCUGCCAGGUAGACGAAGAGGCCAUCUGUGUGGUUUGCCGUGAAUCUCGGAGGCACAAACAGCACAGUGUGGUGCCGGUGGAGGAGGUGGUGCAGGGGUACAAGGCCAAGUUGCAGGGGCAUCUGGAACCCCUAAGGAAGCACCUGGGGGAGCUCCAGGACCUGAAAGCUGAGGAGGAGAGGCGGUUGGCAGAGCUAAACAGCCAGAUGGAUUUAGAGCUGGCAGGUGCAGCCUCUGAGUUUGGGCAGCUGACCGAGUUUUUGGAGGAAGAGCAGGCAGAUCUGCAAUGGCUCAUCCAAGAGAUGUACAAAGCAAAGAUGGGAAGAGCUAGAGCCAAUGUCAACCACUUCUCAGAGCAGUUUACCAAACUGAGUGGCCUGCUGGCUGAGGUCCAGGAGCGGAGCCAGCAGGGAGGCCUACUGCUUCUCCAGGAGACUCUCAAAAAGUGUCAAGAGGUAUUGCAGCAGCCCCCAAAUAUCUUCCCCCCUGAAAUGUCCCAACCCCUUGGUGAUGACUUCAGGACAGACGCCAUCGUGAGGAAAAUGAGCCGAGUGUUCUGUAAGGAUACAAGAGUGGACCUGAAGCCAGAUCCUGAUGCAGCUCCUCUGGCUCCGAAUCUGUCCACCGAUUCUGUGAUCCACCUGGUGGAGAGGCGGCAGGAGGUUUUUGACCAUCCCUACACAUUCCAGCCCUCAGCUAACUGCUGUGUACUGGGGUUACAGGACUUAGCUCUGGCUGUCAUUCUCUAG